AUGUUGGAUUGUUUACUACUUAUUACUAUAUUACAUAAAUCAACUAAAAUGACAGUCGAAGCUGUUGAGAAAACUACUGCUGAGAAGAAGGUCAAGACAAUCAAUGUCCGGGUUUUGCACCUUGAUGAAACUGUGCAUGAUUUCAGUCUUCUUCAUCAUGCAAGUGGUGCCGACCUUUAUGUGCAAGUGAUACGCAAGUUCAACAUUCUCGAAUCAGAUUAUUUUGACCUUGAAUUUAUGAAUGAAGAUGGAAUCAGGUGCUGGUUGGAUCAUACGAGACCCUUGGUGCGCCAGAUUGUCCAUGGCAAAGAUUUGGUUUUCCGAUUUUGUGUAAAGUUCUACACACCGCAUCCGAAUCUUCUUGAAGAAGAAUACACGAGAUACUUAUUUGCACUGCAGAUAAAACGGGAUUUAGUCACUGGUGUUCUGAUAUGCAGCGAAAACACGGCUGCUCUUCUUGGGUCUUAUAUUGUCCAAGCUGAGAUUGGAGACUUCAUUAAGGAGGAGUAUCUAGACAUCAGUUAUCUACGAAACUUGAAAAUCCUCCACGAGCCCAACGACGAUCGACUGAGAAGGGUCAUGGACUUCCAUAAAAAUCAUAUAGUACAAAAGAAGCCACAAUACCAGGGCAGAUUAUGUAUUGCAGACGUACAGGCGGGUUGGGAGGGCCUGCUACCACAACCCAGAUGUCUUGCCACCCAGCGGACAUACAAAGAUAGAGCCUUAAGAGCCCGUGAAAUCCAAGAGAAGGGUUUAACAAAUAGUCAAAUACUCGCAAACCGAACUGAAGAACUCCUCAAAUAUCUGAUUGUGAAGUUGACUCCUCCUCGUUCAUUUGAAGAGCAGAAUAGUGUUAAUUUUCACUACAUGGUAAUUAUAUCAGUCCUGUUAAUAUCGUCUCUUUUGGAGAGAAUGAGGCAGAACCCUGACCGCUUCCAUAAAAACGUCCAUGUGACGGGGACGGUGAAGCGCCUAUUGGCCGACGCAAAAUCGAAUCACCACAAGCUGCCGCCACCGCCGACUGGGGCAUGGCAGGCCUGUCUGGCAGCCUCUAGGACUUAUUCGAAUAUUUCUCCGCUUGGAAUGUCUCCGACGGACGCAGAUUUCGCGCUUCUUGAUACGGCAAGAAAGGUGGAGUUUUAUGGUGUGCGCCUUCAUCCGGCACGGGACAUGGAAGGUCUUCCAAUGAGUCUUGCUGUGACGCAUUUGGGUCUAAGUGUGUUUCAAAAUUUGACAAAGAUCAACACCUUCUCGUGGGCAAAAAUAAGAAAACUAAGCUUCCGCCGCAAACGUUUUCUGAUCAAGCUUCACUCUAUGGAUUACGAUGUUAUUGAGUUUCUCUUCGACACGCGAAACGAUUGCAAACGGUUUUGGAAGAAGUGUAUCGAGCAUCACGCCUUCUUCCGGUGCCCUCUUCAAGAAAGAUCAUCCCAACGGCGACCAAAAGUGGUCACAAAAGGCUCCUCUUUCCGUUAUAUUGGCCGAACACAAAAGGAACUCAUCCGUUUCAUGCGUGAAAGCAACGUCCGAAGACCACCGUUCAAAAGGCCCUCAACAGCAAGAAGAGCACAUCCGACGAUGCUGACGGGUCCCAACUACGCACACGCACGAAUGGGCACCAUGUCGAUGACCCUGCGCUCCAAGUCCGCCGACCACCGGCGACACCAACUCUUCGACUCAAGUCAACUUCAUCUCCAUGGUGGAAUCAUCGGAUUAUCGACUGGAGCAGUGGCGACAAGCGGAUACUCUACAAUGGGUGAAAGCAGCAGCGGUGGUCACUUGGCUGGUGAGGGGUUGGACGCUGACGGCAAAUCGCUGGAGGAGAGCGGUGGCGGCGGCGGCGGUGGGCGAGGUAAAGUAAUUGGUCAGGAGUUAAUGGGUACGAUGGUGCCUCCCGCCGGCCUCGUCCGCACUGAUUUCGAUGGGCAGCCGAGUCCCGUCGCCACUGUCCCACCUGCCGUGCUCGCCUCCACAGCUUCGAUCACUAAUACCACCAUGGCUAAUUCUGCACCUACUGCGGCACCACCACAGCCUCCGCAGAAACCCACUAGAAUGUCUGUUACGGGCUCUACUAGGCGACAGAAUAAUGAAUUUGUCUACGGAGCUCAUGGCGGUACACUCAGGCGGCAGGCCUCUCUAGCUGAGCGCCGACAGGGUGAAGUCUACGGUGGAGAUAAAGCUGAAGAAGAACUGAUUCUGCACAGUAAGCAAAUGUCAACAUCAGCCAUCUACGCUUUUGGUCAACAGCCACAAACCUCAGUGCAGGUUCUUGUCAAGCCUACAAAUGGUCUGCUGCCAUCACCAGUGAGCACCACAACGAUGACAAUGAACACCGUUAUCACAACAGCUCAAGUCAGAACUCCCUAUGUACAUGAUCCAACGACUGGUGAUGUGCUAUUUACCACCGUUUCUGAGAAGAAUCUCCAACCGCAUACACCAUAUCGUGAGGAGGAGAUACUUCAAGCAGAAGAAAACGUCGAAGAGACCCAGCUACCUCCCUCCAUGAAACUACUGGGUACAUCUUGUCGGUGUAAAACCACGGCUACUCAAACGGUUCCAGCCAGUGACGAGGAGGAAGAAGUUGGUCGCGGGAAAAUGGACGAUGCCGAAGUGGUGGAAGUAGCGGAGGUAGCCGUAGGUUCGAAUCCAGACAGGCCUGGUCGAAAAAAAUUGCGCCAACAUUCGAAUCAAUCGUCUUCAGGACGAGUCGACUCUAUUUUCGAUGGUGGUACGGACUCCUCGGCCACAGCUGCCCAAAUCGUCGGAAUCGACCAGUGGAGCUCCAGUGGUACGGAGAGCACCACCGGAGUGAUUAUACGCAGUGGUGUUACAGCCGAAUGGACAAACGAACAUGAGGUGAAGCCAAAUCCAGAAUCUUCGAUUGCUCAACCUCAACCGGAACAAGUGGCCAACUACCCGAUACGAACGGAAAAAUCAGAGAAUAUGAACACAUUAUCAAACAUGUUGCCAACCGACACAUUACCUGCUCGAACAGACCAGGCCCGAGCGAGUGCUCAACCCUUUGGCUUUUCAUACGGGUUCUCGAGGUCAAUUCCAGCUGGUGUCCAUUUGGCUGGCUUGACGGAUCCACCUGAUAACAGCAACUUUUCUAAAACUCCUGAGAUCGGUUUUCCAACUAAUUGGGUGAGGGACAGACAAGACCUUCCAGUAUCGGCGGAACCUUUUAGCUACCCUAAGCUGACUCCAUUCGGCUUUGUGCCUCGCCAACCAGUUCAUUCCUCUCACAUGCUACCUCCUCAUACAUGCAACGUCCAGGGUGGCUUCUAUGGCGAGGGAGUAGCUCCUUGCCUAUGUGUCAGCGGCAGCACAGAGAUCGUGUUGCGGGACUUCACCAGCACCACCAUCAUCACGCAGGCCAUCGUCACCAUCAUCAUCACCGAGGUCAUCACAAGGGGGAGGAGCACGGGACACAGGGUCAAGCGCCCCCAACCCCUCGUCCAACCGCAGAUGUUUGUUGUCAUGGCCAACCGCGAUAUCCCUAUGGCGCGUACAAUGAGAGCUCCCCUUCUCACAAACGCUCCCACAGGAAACGAGAUGCAAUGCCUUCAAGAGAUGCUUGUGUGGCACAACCAUACAGACUUACGAGGAGGGGCAAGCAUCGAUACAAAGAUGCAAAUGAGAUCUGCAUCAAAAGCGUUUGAGGGAGGCGUCAGCGGUGACGGUGGUGAUGAGGAGGAGCCACCAGCGCUGUCAAGCCAUGGCCACCACAAUCACCGUCAUCUAACCCCCUUGGGUGCACCUCAACCACCCACACUACCACUGAAACCUGGUGAGGCGAAAGAGGAAGCGCAUGUAUGCAAACUUCACUCCCAGUCCAUUGUUACUACAGCUGUUGCCACCGGCGGCGGUAGCAAGCGACGUCAGGAGGAGGGUAGGCCUUCCAAAAGCGACGAUCGAAAGCAACCAAUAGCAGUUGGUGGACAUCACCACCAUCAUCACCACCAUCACCGAGUCUUACGAGAACAGGAAGAACAAGUGGAAGCUCCCCAUCGACUUAAACGUCGACCUGUUCAAUCGCCAGCACUAGUUGGUGAGGAGCCGCAGUCGUGGGGAAUUUCGUCACCGAUUCUUGGGGAGGAGAGGAGUAGAGUGGGGGUCACCCAAGCAUCUCCAGUUCUCUCCACUGUCACCUCUACUGCAGGGAAGAAGAUACCUGUUCCUAAGGAGUAUAUGGAGAAGAUUGGGUCCCACAAGGCAAGUAUCGAAGCCCUCAAAAGGGAGCUGCGUUCAGUGGAGACGGCGUCGUCGGUUGUUACUACGGCAAGCACUGCAGCUGCGAAAUCCAACAUUGCACCGUCUCGAGGAGGCUUAGGCAGAAGUAGUGCGUUUUCUCGAGGUUUCAUUCCAGAAAGCAGUGGACAGCACCCUCCUCCCUCUAUUUCUCCUUCGGAUGAAGCUGCAGCCCGUCUAGCUGACACUUCAGGGUCGGCGUCAUUGGGGGAUUUUAGAAGUGCCAUUCUAGCAGGCGGUAGUGGGUUAGGCGAGGAUUCAUUACAAAAAAAGACUCCUACACAGAUUGGAAAAGGUAGCGAAGGAUUGUUAGCCGCACCUCAGGAUGCCACCCACCUGGAGUCGGAAUCUGAUUCUAGUCCAGAGCAGGUGGGCAUGCACAGUAUAAGACGCUCUUUGCGCGAAAGUACCUCGAGGCAUUCCGCAAUUCCACCGCCUGGAAUGUCUAGUCUUGGUGAAGCCCCGAAGCCUCCCUCCCUGCCACGGUCGUCCAGCUUUUCAUCAACCAGUUCUUCUGACUCCUCUAUUGUCUCCUACUCGCGUUCACAGUCUCUCUUCUCACAUGGUGCGGCACUUUCGGUUGAUUCAAGCGUUUCACAGCCGUCCACAUCCUCGAAUAUGUCGUCUGACGAGGAGCCAAGUUUUUCGUCGACGUCACCGUCACCGGAGUACUACUCACACCGACGCCAACCACGCCAUCACCACCAUACUUGUCACGAAUGCAUUUCCCGCUCGCAAGGGCACCUACAAUCCUAUGUCGGCAGUAGUCAUCGCAUUAUCAGCCGCCAUCAUCAGCGGAAUCGAAAUUACCACCAAGACCAGAAGUCUGAAGGAAAGCGAAGUAAAUCUAGUCGCUCCUCUCGUGGCGUGCGACCUGAUCCCAUGUUGCUAAAGACCUUUUUCGAUGAUGAGAUUGCAUUGGAGACAAUCGCGCGACAGCAGAAGCUGUUGAAGCGUGAGCUGGCAAAGCAGAAACAGCUUGCAGCAGCGUUGGAAGAAGCGAAGAGGCGAACUCAACAGUUACUGCAAGAGGAGGCAAAUGUGGAAAAGAAGGUGGAGGAACCGGCUAAGAUAAAGGAAGAGCAGGAGGGGGAGGUACCUCGGAAGGGGGGAAAAAGAGAAUUCUCCUCGCCUGCCGGUUCCCCUCAUCGUGGACAUCAUCGCUCCUCAUCCUCCGGGCGAAGACAUCAUCACCAUCGUAAGAGUCGGCGGCAUCGUCGGCAGCCUAGUUAUUCUGAGGAAGAGAGAAAUUCCGAAGAGGAGCACAAAAAACUCUUAUCAGACAAACAUGAGGAAGAGUCUGGUGACCGCGCCUCGCAUCGAAAGCGUAGUCGAUCAAAAAGCCGACACCAUCGGCAUCGCAAGAUGAGUCCUAAUGGAAAGGAUGAAUCUCAAGCUACAUCUUCAAAGGAGAAGGGAAAUAAGGAGGUCACAGGAGUCCCAGAAGAGCAAUAUGAGUCUUCCAAACCUCAAAAGCAAGUGGCUGAACAAGCCCAUGGGGAAUCCAAAAAGGGGGAGUCUGCUCAUGCUGAAGUAGAUGGAAAAGCGAAAAAUUUUGACCAGCCGGGUGAAGGGUUGCCUCCUCCCCCUCCACCUCCACAGUCUCCUCCGCCACCUCAGCAGGAAGUUAGCUCUACCAUUAAUCCAUCCCUUCAGGCAUCGUCACUGUCAAAGGCUUCGGAUUCACGAGCGCCAACCACCGAGAAGCAAGAUUGCAAACCGCCGACUGAAGAGGCGGGUACAGUCGCCCGAGACGGCAGUCGACAAUUUUGUUCGCUUACCAUCACUGAGGAAGCCGGUCUUGCAAGAGACAUUAUCAAGGAGGUCUUGAAGCACACAUAUGCCAAAGUGUCUUCGGAGGCCUCAUCGCUCACUCAUGCACCCCUGUCGGCUUCCUCCAUUGUACCGCCCUCUCAGCCUAACCUCGCAAAUGAUCCUUCAACCGGCAAAUCCACGAAAAGAACAAAACUACUUGAUGGUAGUUUUAUAAAUCCGAUGGAGACAUCGCAUCACCACGAGUUGACGAGCACCUGCCUUGAACCUGUUCCAGAAGGUCGUGUGGCGGAAACGUACUCGGCCAGUCGGCCCUACUGCCCCGAGCUCACCACUUUCCUCGGUACCAACGCCAAAGAUCAAAAUCAUGAAGGGGAAGAGGGGGAGGAGGAGGAAGAUGAAUCCGACCUUGAUGUGGAGGAGAUCGAUUCUGACUCCACCUCGGCUAGUGAGGGCAGCGAGGACAUCGAGCCCUUUCCUCUUCCACCACCUGACCUCAUCAUGAUGGAGGAGACUCGCCAGUCACCUUCCAUCACGCAACUGCAGUGCGGCAGGGAGCUUCAUGAGGUUAUCGAGGAGAUAGAAGGUGGAGCAGUGUUCGAGACGUCAAUGCUGGAGCAUUCAGCACCUCUGAAACCCGUCACUCCCAUUCGUCUUUCUCAGAUAACUGUGGUGGAGCAACCCGCAUUGGUCGAAUAUGGCGACUCUAGCGGUGUAGGCGACACCGAAGUUGGCGGUGAAAAGGAGGAGGAAGAAGAGGAUAUCAACACGGAGAUUGCGGAUUUUGUAGAUAUGCCUUGGAACCUACAAGAGGCUGUCCUGAGAAUUAUUCAGUCAGUCCUCUCCACUACCUCUCCACGGAAGCAUAUCAAUUCAACUCUGUAUUCAGCCUCGGCGUGCAUUUCUGCAAGGUUAAGAGAGAUUGAGGAUAAGGAAUGGCAGGUUGUUGUCGUGCUUGGUUCCUUCACUACAACCUGUAUCCACAAGCCUGGUCGCCUGCUGUCAGUGUUCUACAAACCCUACAACAUUCUUAUCUGGCAAUCUGUUUUGGAUGAAGAUUACUGGUUUGAUUUCGCGGACCGUUGCCGCGCCAUACGGGUGAACCCCCAAAACUAUGCUCUCUUGCCCAUUGGGGUCUUAAUAUGUAUCUCCAUUAUUCUCUACGCUAUUGCUGCCUGCGUUGACCUCGCACAGACAUAUCUGCACCUGCGUAAUGACCGUGUGAGUCGUAUUGUUGCCUAUGUGGCACUUGGAAUGAGUGCCAUUGCGUCCCUUUUUGUGAUGAGCGCCAUGCUGGCCUUCUUCAAUCUCUACAUGGGCUCGUGGAGCAUUAUGCUGAGUGUUGUGGGAAUGACCCUAGGCUGUUCAACGACUUUCCAGAUGGGAAUGCGACUUCUAUUUGAUACACUGGGAAGAAAUACGGACACUAAAUAG